AUGCAUGAAUAUUCGAAUGUCGACGUUACAUUACUCGAUGGUAAACUAUCAAAAGAUCAGCAAGAAACAAAAAGUUCUUUAUCGAUAAAAAAAGAAUCUGAAAAAGCUUAUAUUCUACUUGUCAAACAAGACUCAUCGAAUGUAUUUAAAAUAUCUGCCGAUGAAUCGCUAGAAAGUCUUCGGUCAGGUUCAGUUGGAAUCGUUAUCAGCCUACCGAAACAAAACCAUCUCACUUAUUUAUUGAACUUUUCCAAUCGAGAGGAUGCAAUCAACUUCAAUAAAAUUCUUGCAUCAAUCAAAAGUGGUGAAAAUAUUGACGAUAUUCCUACGUCUCAGUUCGAUGAACGAACAGAAGAAUCAUCAGCAGAACAAUAUUUUCAAUUUUAUGGUUAUUUGUCUCAGCAACAAAAUAUGAUGCAAGACUAUAUUCGUACUUCAACAUAUCAACGAGCUAUUCUUGAUAAUUCUAUUGAUUUUUCUGGAAAGGUCGUUCUUGAUGUAGGUGCUGGCUCAGGUAUUCUUUCAUUUUUUGCUGCUCAAGCUGGUGCGCGUAAAGUCUACGCAGUUGAAGCAAGUUCUAUGGCUCAACAUGCAAAAACUCUUAUUGAUAAUAAUCAUUUAAGUAGUCGUAUUCAAAUUGUUCCUGGUAAAGUCGAAGAAAUCACAUUACCAGAACAAGUUGAUGUUAUUAUAUCUGAACCAAUGGGCUAUAUGUUAUAUAAUGAGCGUAUGCUGGAAUCAUAUAUUCAUGCUAAAAAAUUUCUCAAGCCAAAUGGUAAAAUGUAUCCAACAACAGGUGAUCUGUAUGUAACACCAUUUACAGAUGAUGCUUUAUAUAUGGAACAAGUUGGUAAAGCCAAUUUUUGGUAUCAACAAUCAUUUUAUGGUGUUGAUUUAACAACUUUACGUGAUUUAGCAUUAGAAGAAUAUUUCAAACAACCAGUUGUUGACAAUUUUGAUGUACGCGUUUGUUUAGCUAAACCAAUUAAAUAUACAGUUAAUUUUUUAACUGCAACCGAAGAAGAUUUAUAUGAAAUAAAUAUUCCAUUAUCAUUCGAUAUGACAACAACAGCUGUUGUACAUGGCUUAGCAUUUUGGUUUGAUGUUUCAUUUGACGGAACAAGUUCUCAAGUAUGGCUAUCAACUGGUCCAACUCAACCAUUAACACAUUGGUAUCAGGUGCGUUGUUUAUUCGUAAAACCACUUACAGUAAGUCAAGGACAAGUGAUUAAAGGACACGCAAUAUUGCAUUCCAAUCGAAAACAAAGUUAUGAUGUUGAAAUUUUUCUUGAAAUUGAUGGUACAAAUAUAUCAGUUGAAAAUACGCUUGAUCUUAAAAAUCCAUAUUUUCGAUAUCCAAAUGGACCUGCACCAGUUCCACCUGGCCAAUUCCAUGAAUCUCCAACAGAACAAUAUUGGAAUGGAUUACCUGGUGAACAAGAAGCAUCUGGUGGGCGUGUUCAUCCCAAUGCAAAUCCAUAUUCUCAAAAUUGUAACAUCAAUAAUAAUUUAAAUUCAAGUGGCGAUUAUGAUGGAAGUUUGCUAAACAAUAUAAUGACAACUUUUCAACCAGGAAAUGGUCAUCCUUCUACACGUCGACAUGUACCUUCUCCUAAACAUUCGGAUAUAUCAAAUACACUUUUACCAACAAACGAUAAAAUACCGAAUGGAUACGGUUCGAAAACAGCAGCAUAUUCUCUUUUUCAACAAUCAAAUGGCACAACAUGA